GAGAAGUGCAUGGACAAGCCGGGUCCGAAGCUGGACAGCCGGGCCGAGACGUGCUUCGUCAACUGCGUGGAGCGCUUCAUCGACACCAGCCAGUUCAUCCUGAACCGGCUGGAGCAGACGCAGAAGUCAAAGUCGGCCUUCUCAGAGAGCCUGUCCGACUGA